AUGCAGCUACAGAACCUUAUUAUCGUUGGCUCCCUGGCCGCAGGAGCAGUAGCAGGAGAUUUUAAGAGGCAAAUUGCCACAAAUGGGACCGGAAAUGCAUGUGCACAGAUUAGCAGUAGGGCAUCUAGGACUCUAGCGGCUUCGCCAUCAGCUACCCCGGUCGUGGAUGGUGAGCUUGCUCUGGCCUGCUUGAAGUCAGUUCCUCUGGGGAAGACUGAGGCUCUCCAGUUAAUGGAGUCGAUUUUCCCCUAUGUGGAAUGGCAGUCUGAUACUUCGUAUAUCAAAGAUCCGCCCUCUGCUUAUCUCGAACCGGCGGUGGAUAUUUGGGCUGAACUAAACAAGGUCUAUGACAACAUCAAGUCCGACAAAUAUGCCGGUGAAUAUGAGUUCCAAGCGGAUCUCUUCAAGGCGUUCAACCUCGCCCAUGACGGACACUUCCGUUUCUUCCCGGACCUUCUCACCAAGGUGCUGACGUUCCACCGUAACGUUGGUCUGGUUUCCGUCAGCUUAGACGGCAAGGAGACGCCUCAGAUCUACGUGCACACCGAUAUUGUCGGAAAGGUAGAGAGCGGACUUGAUCCAUCUCCAGUUAAAUCAAUCAAUGGAGAAGACGCGGUGAAAUACCUCGAGUAUUGGUCGCAACUAGGAAGUCUGAACGAUCCUGACGCACUAUACAACUCACUUUUCUUCUCGAAGCCCUUUGCAGCAAGCACCCCCGACUUCGAUGGUUACUUUUCAGGAAGUGCCCGCUACGGAUACAUCUACCCUGGAAAUACAACGACGAUCGAGUUCGCCAACGGAACCAGCAGAUCCUACCGAACCACAGCACACAUCAAAGCCGAUCUCACCGGAGUAACCGAUGGACAAAGCAUGUACCAAAAGUUCUGCACAGGACCAUCCAGCACGGAAACCGCAGCGUCAGCAACAUCAUCGCCAGCAGCGACAGCAACCGCUACUCCGGCACCAGGCUAUCCAGACCCUGAAGUCAUCAGCUCGGACAACGUCAUCUCCGGCUACUUCCUCGACUCAGACAAGAACUCCGAAGUCGCCGUCCUGAGUAUGUUAUCUUUCGAGCCCAGCACGCCCGCCGAAUUUCAAGCCGUUCUUGAGAAAUUCCUCCGCCACGCAAAGGCUGCAGGCAAGACCAAGCUCGUCAUCGACCUCUCCGGCAACGGGGGCGGAUAUAUCUUGCAAGGCUACGACACCUUCCGCCAGCUAUUCCCCAGCAUCGUGCAAGAUGGGUACACACGCUUCCGCUACACCGAAGCCCUCGCCGCCAUGGCCGAGCAAUUCUCCGCCGUCCUCCCAGAAGACUUCAACCCCGACAACGCAACCUUCGACGAAAUCCAAAUGUUCGAAUCACCACCAAACUACCGCUACGACCUAAACCUCCAAAACAAGCACUUCAGCUCCCUCGAGGAGAAGUUCGGUCCCCACGAGUACAACGGCGACCAGUACACGAGCAUCAUCCGCUGGGAUCUGGACGACUCGCUCACCACUGUCAACGAGACAUAUGGCAUGGGCAUGGAGAUUACGGGGUACGGCACGCGCCGGAACUUCACGCAGCCGUUUGCCGCCGAGGACAUCGUCAUGCUGUAUGACGGUUACUGCGCAUCGACCUGCACGCUCUUCUCCGAGUUCAUGCGUCUCCAGGGCGGUGUCAAGAGCAUCGCUAUCGGGGGUCGUCCGUCCUCGGACCCGAUGCAGGGGAUCGGCGGUAUCAAGGGAUCCAACAAUUUCGCCUUCUCCUACAUUUACUCUCUCGCCCAGCUGGCCAUCGACUCCGCUAAACCCGGCCAGGAACACAAAGCUAACUGGACCGCACUGACGGAACUGAGCGACCUACCUACGACCCGUUCGACGGAUACCUCCAUCAACGUGCGGGACAAUAUCCUCCCGGAGAACUUGGAGGACGGACUUCCGUCGCAGUUUGUCUACGAGAAGGCUGAUUGUCGCCUCUUCUACGAACCAGAGAUGAUCGUAGAUGUCACUGCGAUGUGGGAGGCCGCUGCUGAUGCGGCAUGGGGUAACAAGGAGUGUGUCAACGGACAACUCGAUCUGAAGAAGCGGACGACUACAAGAGCUCGCCGGAGUAGAAAGUCCGCUCCGCGAAAGAUGACCGUCAAAGUGCCUGCCAAUCCGGUCUCGGAUCGCUCGCCUUGGUGGACACAGAAGCAUGGAACUAGGGUGCCUCUUUGA